UCAAAUAGGCGUGGUUUGUCAAUUUGUGUCCACUUUUUCACGAUAGAAUACUCCAAUGGCUGAGCUAGACAGUGACUUUACCUUGAAACUAAACGAGUUUCUGGAUCAUUUUAUGUCCCUGGCCGAAGACAAUGAAGAAAACGAUGCUACUUUCAACAAAGAGUUCCAGGCUCUGAAGAUGGAGUCCCAGAGGUACAAGGAUCAGAAUACGUUCCCUGCAGAGAGUGGACAGAAUCCUGUCAACAAGAAGAAGAACAGAUUCAAAGACAUACUUCCAUUUGAGUAUACUCGUGUUCAACUGCACAAGAUUGAAGGGGUUGAAGGCUCAGACUAUAUCAAUGCUAACUAUAUACAGGGACCUGAUGGUAAUGUGGAAUACAUUGCUGCACAGGGUCCCCUACCACAUACAGUUAAUGACUUCUGGAGGAUGAUCUGGUACCAUCAAAUUGAAAUUGUUAUUAUGGCUUGUAGAGAGGUAGAGAUGGCCAAGCCAAAGUGUCAGUGUUAUUGGCCACAAGUAGGAGAGAGUGCAAUGUAUGGGGCAAUACAAGUAACCACUGAUCAUGAAGAAAAUGUUUCAAAUGAUUUUAUCAUCAGACAGUUAACAGCUGAAUGUCAGGGAGAAAAACAAGUCAUCAGACAGUUUCAUUACACGGCCUGGCCUGACCACGGGAGACCCGAAUCAGCCACGCCCAUAAUAAGAAUGAUUGAGAUGUUCCGUGAACAUCGUAAGAGACACGACAUACCAUUUGCCAUCCACUGCAGUGCUGGGUGUGGCCGUACUGGCACCAUCAUUGCUAUUGACUUUGCUAGGACUAUGCUCAUUAAAAAGACCAUACCUGAUAAACUGGAUGUAUUUUCAAUAGUCCAGCAGAUGAGGAAGCAGAGACCAGCCAUGGUCCAGGCAUUAGAUCAGUAUGUGUUUGUGUACAUGGCAAUAGUUGAGCUGGUCCAGCAGUCACUGACUAACGUACCACAGCUACCUCCAAGAAUGCUAAACUUUGAAAAAGCACCAGUUGAGUCUCCAGUCCCCACUAAUACUGACGAUGCUGUAUAUCAAAAUAUCACUUCACUCAACAACGAAGGAUCGUCAGAGUCAGAUCAUCCUGUUCCGAUGGCUAGGACAUUUUCCGGUAGCACUACCAGUGGUAGUGAUGGCAACAGGCCCCACCCACCCCCUAAACCAACCAAGCCUAAGCCAGAGAUACCAAAAAAGCCGCUUUCAGAGCAGACCUCAGGGGGACUAAAAAAACCACCGCCCAUGAUUCCAAGAAAAGGCUCAAAACCGGAAGAACUCUCCCACCCUGUUCCUGCCCCACGGAAACCCUCUCCUGUCCCUCCUACUGAUGAUCCUCAGGUACCUCAGGCUCCUACUGCUCUACCUCGUACCAGCACUCCUAGCAAACCACUACACAGUACACCUUCUUCUGUCAGUUCUGUUAGCAACACUCCAGAUAAAUCUGUUAGUAAGAGCAGCAUACUUGAAACUUUAAUAAAUGAGGUGGGGCUCCAACCUGAUGAUCUUGUUGAAGUGUCAAGGGACGAGUCUAAACCUGGUGGUGAUUAUACUUAUGCUUCAUUGGGAGCUACUGAUGUUCCUCCAGCAAUACCGGAAAGGACAUCAGAAGCACUUGAAGUUAUGAACGUACCUCCUCCUUUAUAUGAAAGUGCUGAAUUGCCACCUCCUCUACCACCAGUACCAAUGAAUCGUACUUCUUCUCCUUCUUCACUUUUGCCUUCUUCUCAUCAUCACAUUUCACCAACUUCUUCAUCAACUGCCUUCUCUGUAGCAACAAUGAGGAACACUGACCUAACCAAUAAACCAAAGAAAGAGAGGUUUUCAGAUGAUACUAGUAUUCCAAGUAGCAGCAAGAGCAGUAGUGUGUCACCAAGGAAAGCUCCAAGGUCUAAUAUCGCUGAGUCGGCUAAUAAUAAAUACUCAUUCUCUGGGAACUAUGGUUUUGGUGUUCGUGUUGGUAAGCCCAAGGGACCCCGCCCUCCUCCCCAGCAGUGGACUGCAGUGAAUGGUAUUAUACACUAGUGAUGGCUACCUACAGGUCCUUUAUAUGACAUUGGAUUAUUUUACUUCAUUCUCUUUAUAUCUCUUCCUCCUCUUCCUCUUUAUUUGUAUCGUGUGACUUGUUAGAAAAUCAGUUUUUUUAGUAAAAUAAUAA